CUGGCGGGGUCGUGCCGGUCACGAUAAUUGUCUCUGGUUCCCUAAAAAAAGACAAGCGACUCCAGACCGCUUCUUUACCCAACAAAUUAAGACGAUAAACAUUCAAUAAACCAGUCUUAGCUCUGCAGGGCUAAGAGGGGUGAAUACAAGGUUGCUCGACGUCCAAAGUCAUUCCCAUACUCUAUCUAUUUCAUACCGUGUAUAUUCUUGGCACACAUUGCCCUAUUUUUUAUAUUCGGUUACCAUUUUUUGAACAAUUCAUUAUUUGUGUCUUACAAGACUACUCCUGAGUUACAGGGUUAAGAAGAACCAUAAUCAACUUUGGAACGAAAGCGCCUAUGGGUCUGCGUACGCGGAAAUAUUCGUCUAUAUCCACCAACCCCCAUCUUCACCGUUUUCUGCAGAUUGAGUUCUUACCCAUCACUCCAUUUAGGAGUGAUUUGAACGCAGACCGCAACUUUAUUCUAGCUCCUUAAUUGUCCGUUCUGAGUCGCCGUCUCACCGCGGUAAUACGUUAGAAGGAAAAAAGAAACUACUGCGUCUCUUCUUUAAAGAGGAGCCCAUCUACGCACUCCCGUGAUUGAUCAUUCAAAUUUCUUACUUAAUAUUCUAUAUUCUAUAAACCUCGAUAUUCUAUUUGGGGUAACUUAUUUUCGAUGUAUCAAGAGAAUAGUUAUCCCAGCCAAGAUGUCACGGCUUACACCAUUACCAGCAGACCUUCACAGGUCUCAUUCGACUACCAGUGUCGAUACUACGUAUCAUAGCUUCCAUGAUAUCGAACUAUACGAAACCCCCGCCGCAUCUACUGAAAAUAAAAUGUCUUCGCGCAAAGAUGAUAGACCUGAAUUCAAGCCUAUAAUCCGGCAUGAUUCCGGUUACGAGUCCAUAUCUCCCCGGUCUAGGUCCAUUGAGUCUCGGUCUGCUCAACGGCGCAAUUCCAACAUGUCUACAAGUUCCUCCCAGACUCGACCGCGAACACGGCCUUCAGUGCGCCGUGCUGCAAAGUCCACCUCAACCUCACAUUUAAAACAUCUUAGCGAACAACCUACACACUCCGUCCAAUUACCGCAACAACAGACUACAUAUUACUACUUUCCACCCCCAGAAUCACUCUCCGGAGGUCUAGACGAGGAAGACGAUGCGCACGACACCGAGCUAUCGUAUCCUCCUCCCCCGCAAACGACCCACUAUUGGACUAGCGACCAUACUAGGCGUCUCGAAUAUGCUGCUAUUGAUGCUGCGAGUCGAGGCGUCAAAGGCUGGAUUAUGAAGCACAUUGUCCCAGAUUGCUUCGUGCCCAAAGCAAACCGACGAGUGGGAUUUGACGACGACAGCGGCAGCGUCCGGCGGUACCGGCUCGAGCUCGACUGCGACGAGACCGGAGAGAAAGGGGGAAACAGCGGCAAGAAAAUGGGCUGGCUCCUAGGCCGAUAGUUUGACGACGAAUGAACUCAUGCGACGACAGACGACGAGUUUAAGUAUCACGUUAUUGCAUCCGCAUGGUUGAGGCGUUGUAUACCCACUUUGAUUUUAU